AUGAAGGUGGAGCUCGCCCCCCGGACCUCCCAGACGAGAAAGGCGGGGGAGGAGACCCCGCCGCCGUCCCCGUCAGCCGCUGCUGCGUCACCCCCGGUGGAGGAUGCGCCGCUCCUCCCCGAUGCGGGCGUGCGGCGCCGGCCGGCGUGCCGGCGGUUCGCGGAGCGAAGCGGCUGCUUCCGCCGCGAAGUCGGCCGGGCCGCCGCCGAGACCUUCCUCCUCACGAGGCUCACCCUGAUCCUCCUCCGCUACCUCGGGAUAGGCUACAGAUGGAUCCGGCAGUUCCUAGCCCUCUGCUGUUAUACCCUCUUGCUGAUGCCAGGUUUUAUUCAAGUUGUAUAUUAUUAUUUCUUCUCUAGCCAAGUCCAUAGAAGUGUUGUAUAUGGAGAUCAGCCAAGAAACAGACUGGACCUGUAUAUGCCCACUAGUACGACAGGGUUAAAGCCAGUUGUGGCAUUUGUGACUGGUGGAGCGUGGAUCAUAGGGUACAAAGGGUGGGGAGCCCUUUUAGGCAGACGCUUAGCAGAAAGAGGCAUCAUAGUUGCAUGCAUUGAUUACAGAAACUUUCCUCAGGGGACUAUUGGUGACAUGGUAGAAGAUGUUUCUCAAGGAAUAGCUUUUGUCUGCAAGAAUAUAGCAAGUUAUGGAGGUGAUCCUAGCAGGAUAUAUCUUGUUGGACAAUCAGCUGGUGCACAUAUUGCUGCUUGUGCUCUCUUAAAUCAGGCCAUUAGAGAAUGUGGUGAAGGAGAUACUUCCUCUUGGAGUGUAUCACAGCUAAAAGCCUACUUUGGUAUUUCUGGCGGGUACAACCUCCUUAACUUGGUUGAUCAUUUCCAUAGACGUGGCCUUUACCGGUCCAUCUUUCUGAGUAUUAUGGAAGGUGAAGAAUCACUCCAGAAAUUCUCUCCACAAGUGAUGAUUAUGCAAUCAUCUGCUAGGUCUGCAGUUUCUUUAUUGCCUCGUAUCAUCCUUUUCCAUGGGACAAGUGAUUAUUCAAUACCUUCAGUUGAAAGCCAAGCGUUCAUUGAUGCUUUACAACAGCAAGGUGCAAAAGCAGAUUUAUUUCUGUAUGAAGGGAAGACACAUACUGAUUUGUUCCUUCAGGAUCCUCUUCGGGGUGGCAGAGAUAAAAUGCUCGAAGAGAUCGCCGGUGUGAUACACAGUGAAGAUCCAGACGUAUCUGCCCAGCACCUCGACGUGCCUGUUGCAAGGCGUCUUGUUCCUGAGUUCAUGCUGAAGCUUGCUGGGAAAGUAAGCCCUUUCUGA